AUGAAAUUUGCUCAACAUUUGUCGGCGCACUUAACGCCGGAAUGGAGGAAGCAGUACAUCGAAUACGAGGGUCUGAAAAAGAUGCUGUACAUGGCCCAGAAUCAAGCCCCAUUGCCUGGAGUCACAGAACCCGCAGCAAUUCAGCGAUACUAUGCAUCUUUUGAAGAGAGAUUCUUCCAGAUAAGCGAAAAGGAACUAACCAAAAUAAACACAUUCUAUGCAGAAAAACUUGCAGAAGCCCAGAGACGAUUAGCAACCCUACAGAAUGAACUUGAAGGAGUGCUGGAUGUGCAGAGGGAAGGUGGUGUGAGACCAUCGAGUCAUUGGUGGGGCAUCCUUCAAAGACCGAACAGACACCGGGCACGACACAAGGCCAUGUGUGACCUGAAGCUGGCCUUCAGUGAGCUCUACCUCAAUCUAAUUCUACUGCAGAAUUACCAGAAUCUCAACCUCACUGGGUUCAGCAAAAUCCUGAAGAAGUAUGACAAGAUGUUCCAUUCCACAAAGGGGGCAAGCUGGCAGGCAACUCAGGUGGAGACCUCACCAGUUUAUACCAGUAAAAAGAUUGACCAGCUGAUCGCGGAGGUGGAGUCACUCUACACCAAUGAGCUAGCAGGAGGAGACAGAGCACAGGCGAUGAAGAGGCUACGUGUUCCACCAUUAGGUGUAACACAGACGCCUCCUGUAUGGAUAACAUUCCGCGUGGGUCUGCAGUGUGGAAUCAUACUGGCGCUCAUGGUGCUGAUAAUUAUCAAAGCUAUCUAUGUAUCCCAGGAAGCCAGCAUGUGGCCCCUACUGAGGGCUUAUAGAGGAGGCUUCAUCAUGAUUGAGUUUGUCUUCCUGUUGGGAAUUAACACCUACGGUUGGAGAAAAGCAGGAGUGAACCACACUUUAAUCUUUGAACUUGACCCUAGGAACCAUCUCUCCCAUCAACAAUUCUUUGAGUUGGCAGGUUUCCUUGGGGUCCUGUGGUGUGUGAGCCUAUUAGCCUGCCUAUUCAGUACUUACAUCCACACUCCGAUGCCAGUCAAUCCCCUGGUCCUGUAUGGAUUCAUGUUGCUGCUGCUUCUGAACCCAACCAAAACUUUCUACUACAAGUCCCGAGUCUGGUUACUGAAAGUCCUGUGUCGGUCAGUAACUGCUCCAUUCCAUAAGGUCAGCUUCGCCGAUUUUUGGCUCGCAGAUCAACUCAACAGCAUGGGAACCGUCUUCCUCGACCUCUGGUCCUUGAUCUGCUUCUACACCUUUGAAGUGAACUGGGAAAACAACCAGGGCCUCCUGAGCCCCCCAGCAGAGGAAAAAUUUGGGGGGAAUGGUUACUCCUAUGGAGUGACCUGUAUCAUCCAGUGUAUCCCACCCUGGAUCCGGUUCGCUCAGUGUCUCCGUCGGUACAGGGACAGCAGAGAUGCCUUCCCACAUUUAGCAAACGCUGGAAAAUAUUCUACUGUCUUCAUCAUGGUCACCUUUGCAGCCCUCUACUCAACUGAAAAAGAACGCUCACAGUUGACAAUCGGUGUGAAGGUUUACUUCUACCUGUGGGCUGUGACCACCUGUGUCAGCACCAUUUUCACGAUUGGCUGGGACCUGCGAAUGGACUGGGGCCUGUUAGACAAGAACACCAAGGAGAACAAAUACCUGAGGGAGGAGACAGUAUAUCAAAACAAAAUCUACUAUUACUGUGCCAUGAUCCAGGAUGUGAUACUGCGAAUAGCCUGGGCCCUCAAUAUCUUGUUCGUUCAGAAUAAGAACUCGGUCGUGGCAGAAAUCAUCUCAACAACCUUGGCUCCACUGGAGGUCUUCAGGCGAUUUGUCUGGAACUUCUUCCGGCUGGAGAAUGAGCACCUCAAUAAUUGCGGAGAGUUCCGAGCAGUCAGGGAUAUCUCCAUUAUGCCCGCGACUGGGGUCAACCAGGCAGCUCUGCUGCUCAUGAUGGACCAGCAGGAGGGGGUCAGGAACCGUGGAAAGGUCAAAGGUGGAAAGCGAAAAACCAACUUCUCCUUGAAACGGUCAAGAGGCAAGAAUGUGGAAACUAAGGUGGACAUUGAAGUGACAGAGGGUGAUGUAAUGAAGAGCUGAACAAUGGCUCCUUUUCAUAGCCGACUGGAGACAUGGGGUGGAUUCACACACUCCAAGGCUUUUCUGGCCAAAGUGAAAACUUUUCAAAUGACGUAAAGGGUCUGAAGCCAGUGACUUCAGAAAACUUUCGGACUUUGGUAAAACAAAGUACAUUUUUUUUUCAAAGAAAUGGUAGCUCUUUUCAAACGUUCCUGCUUUUGCAAAAGGUUUUCUUGCUGUCUGUAUCUCUGUCUUCUUGGUUCAAAUGUCUGCUCACAGACUCCAACAACAAAAGAACUGCUCUAGUACUCAGGCUUCCAACCCUGUCUGGUUCACCCUCUGAUUGUGCUUCACUGUCCAAUGAGUAUUUGGUCUUAGUUCACACCACUACACCCUACCUCCCCACUCACCCAUUCUCCACACUUGCACCCCACCCCAUCCCACUGCCCCAACUUUGGCAGCACAAGUGAGAUUUGCGUGGGUGAAUCCUUGUCCAAUCAUAUUACAUCGCACAGAUACCACCAUCAUACAACUAAAUUGCUCAUCUUUAGACUGUUAAAGUCAAUGGCAUUAAAUGGUGCUGAUUGAUAUGAUUCAACUGUGCAAACCAUAUUGAGGACGAGAAUCUCCAAUUCUGACUGCCAGACUUCAAAGGAGUCAGAGUCAGAGACAAUGUUAGAGAAUUAGAAACACAUGCAUACACUCACUCACAUACACUGUUUUGUAGACAGGUGGAUGGUUCAGGAACAGACUCAAGCUACUGCAGAGAGGCCGAUUUUAGAGACAGAGGAUUCAACACAUUCAAACACACAUAUUCUAAACAGACUAGUAGACAGUACUAGAGUAUUCAGUUCAAGAAAAAACUGCUAGCCAUCUGGGUAGACAGAUACUUAGAGAAAUACAUGACUAGAGUAGGCAGGAAAACAAAGAGAAUCCGAAAUCAUUCUGGAGGAGGAUAAACAUUCAGAAUAUUUCUGGCCGCAUGCCCAUUGGUUAAAUGAGCAGGCUCUGCUCUGGACAGACAUCUCACACACAAACAAAAAUAAAUAAGUGGUUAAAAUCCCAGUGUGGCAUUAUUUAAUAUUGGAAACCCUAAGCAUUCGCAUGCUGUUGGGGCUCGGUCUCACAUUAUAGUUCAACAACUUGACUGUUAGGUCAAGCAGUGGGAGCUCACAGUAAGCUGCUGCCCUGUAGUGUUAGCUGUGUGUGGUGGGGGGCUAUCAGCACAAAGCAGCUCCUCAUUAUGCCCUAGGUAGGUUUACAACAAAACAUUGUGUUUCUAACGUAGAAUCAGUGGUUUUACUGUAUUUGUAUUGGGUUGUUUGGAAAACCCAAUCAGUUUGCUAUGUCCCCUCCCAACUUGUGGGCUGCCCUUCAUGGAGCAACUCGAAAUGAAUCAGGUCACUGAUAUGAAUGGUAUGCAUAAGAUUGUGUUCAAAUCCUGAUGGCACCCAUCAGGGGAAAUCCAAAUGGGUCCAAUUAACAUCAUGUGGGCUAUAAUACUGCCUGGAAGGAGAGUUAAACUAGCCUUACUGCUCACAAAAUACAGGCAGACAAACCUUUACAGUGAAAUAACAUGUAAAUAGUUUGGGUGUAUAUAAUCAAAUAUUUUACAGGUUUAAAUCUUGUACAUAGUC